GAUGCAGGUCGCUCCCCAGGAGUACCAGCAUGUGCCCAUCGACAUCCAGACCAGCAAACUGCUGGAGUGGCUGCAGGACCGGCGGCACUGCGGGCGGCGCUGGCAGGCUCAGGUGCAGCGGGUGCGGGAGCGGCUGCGGGAGGCGCUGAGGGACAUGCCCGAGCACCCCGAGAUCCACCUGCACUACUUCCACUGCCUGCGCAUCGUGGAGAUCCUCAGGGCCACCGAGGCCUCCACCAGGAACCUCUUCGGGCGCUACUCGUCCCAAAGGAUGAAGGACUGGCAGGAGAUCGUGGCUCUCUACGAGAAGGAGAACGCCUACCUGGCCGAGCUCUCCAGCCUGCUGGGCCGCAGCGUGGCGUUCGAGCUGCCGGCGCUGCGGCGGCAGCUGGGCCGGUGCCGGCAGGCGCAGCAGGAGCUGGCGCGGCGCGAGGACGAGUGCCAGCUCCGCGCCGGCGAGCUCCGGGAGCGAUUCCUGACCUCCUGCCGCCAGUACGGCAUCGCCGGUGGGGACGUGCGCCAGGAGCUGCUGGCCCAGGUGGAGGCGCUGCCGUCGCUGCUGUCCCGCAUUGGGGACAGCGCCAGCGCCCUCGGGGACGCCAUCGAGCUGUACGAGGCCUGCGUGGCCUUCGUGUGUGACAGUCCCGGUGUCCCGGUGCUGCCGCUGUUGCGGUUCGUCGCCAGGAACGGGAACAGCUCGGUGUUCCGGUGGCGCACGGGGCUGGAGCCGCUGCGGGUGGAGCGGCCGCGGCUGCGGGAGGAGCCGGAGCCGCCCCGGGAGGACACGAUCGAUUGGGGCGAUUUCCCCGCGGAGCCGCCCCAGGGCGGGGACAUCGACUGGGGGAUCACGGUGGAGCCCAGUCCCCAGGGGGCCGAUGGCAUCGAUUGGGGCGAUGGAGAGAAGGGACAGGAGGGGACAAUCACAGCAGAGCCCAGUCCCCAGGGGGCCGAUGGCAUCGACUGGGGUGACGAAGAGAAGGGACAGGAGGGGACAUCGGCUGGGCCCAGUCCCCAGGGGGCCGAUGGCAUCGAUUGGGGCGAUGGAGAGAAGGGACAGGAGGGGACAAUCACAGCAGAGCCCAGUCCCCAGGGGGCCGAUGGCAUCGACUGGGGCGACGGAGAGAAGGGACAGGAGGGGACAAUCACGGUGGUGGAGGCUGGCACUGAGGACCCCGGGGCCGUGGCGCGCGGCUCGGACGCGCUGACCCUGCUGGAGCACCCCGAGACACGGAACCAGUUCCUGGAUGAGCUGAUGGAGCUGGAGCUGUUCCUGGCGCAGCGGCUGCUGGAGCUGGAGGACGAGGCCGACGUGGUGGCCAUGAGCCAGCUGCAGCUGGCCCCGGCCGUGCUGCAGGGCCAGAGCGGCCAGCGGCUGCGGGCCCAGCUGGCCACCGCGCGGGACCUGCUGGGCCAGCUCUGCUCCCCCAGCGUGCAGCACCUCUGCAUGAUCCUCGCCUCGCCCAGGUACGUGGAGCGGGUGACGGCGCUGCUGCGGCAGAAGCUGCUGCAGUCCGAGCUGCUGCUGGCCAAACGCGACGCGCUGGCCCAGCGGCGCCGCCAGGCCCUGGCCGAGCAGGCGGCCCUGGAGCCCAAACUGCAGCAGCUGCAGGAGACCACCAAGGAGCUGCAGGAGCUGAUCGAGGCCGACAUCUCCAAGCGCUACGGGGGGCGCCCGGUGAACCUGAUGGGGAUCAACCUGUGACCCCCCGAGGGUCCCCAGGGGGUCCCCAGGGGGUCCCAAGGGGGUCCCAAGGAGGUCCUGCCCCUCCCAGAGUCCCCGGCUGCUGCUGCUGCUGCGAUUGGGGUCUUGGAGA